AUGUCCUGCUUGCGAACUGCUAAUGGUUUUAAGAAGUUUGUUAGUGCCUCCUUUGUGAUUUUUGCACUGUCAGAAGCCGUUCGGGCCCAGGACUUUGGCUAUGAAGGCAGAUCCGGACCCGCGCACUGGGGCGAGGAGUACGCCCGCUGCACUGGCAAGCACCAAAGUCCCAUCAACAUAAACCACGUGAGUGUCAAGCAGUAUAGCUUUCCAAAGCUGGAGUUCCACAACUUUAAUGUGGAGCCCAAGAGCAUGUUGGUGACCAACAACGGACACACGGUGCUGGUCAAAAUGAGCUUUAAUAAGGGCAAGGCUCCCAGGGUUAAGGGUGGCCCUUUGGCCGAGAAGUCCUCUGUGGGCUACCAGUUCGAGCAGUUCCACUUCCACUGGGGCGAGAACGAUACGAUCGGCAGUGAGGACAUGAUCGACAAUCAUGCCUAUCCCGCAGAGCUGCACGUGGUCCUGAGGAAUCUGGAGUAUCCUAGCUUUGCCAGUGCCCUGGGCAAGGACCAUGGCAUUGCCGUGAUGGCCUUCUUCUUUCAGAUCAGUAGCUCCUCAACUGGAGGUUACACCAAUUUCACCAGUAUGUUGCCUCAAAUCGAAAGAAAGGGUCAAUCGGUGAACAUGACCAAGACAUUUCCAUUACGCCAAUAUCUCUCCAAGGACUUGGGCAGCUACUACACCUACACAGGAUCCUUAACCACUCCUCCUUGCAGUGAAGAGGUGAUUUGGAUGGAUUUUCGGACUCCCAUUGACAUUACCGAAAAGCAGUUCUACUCUCAGCUGCUAAUUUAA